AUUGUCACCCACCCAGAUAUAAAGUGUCCAUCUUGCCACAAGUCAAUCCCGUCUGACAAUGUUGAGUGUCACCUAAUUGAGUGCCUGAGCAAACCUCUCAUCAGUUACAAUGAAGACAUACUGACAGAAAAUAAAGAAGAGUGUAGCAUUUGUUUGGACGAGUUGAAGGAAGGCAAUGUCAUAGCACGAUUACCAUGUCUUUGCAUCUAUCACAAAAGCUGUAUCGAUGAAUGGUUUCAGGUCAAACGGUCCUGUCCAGAGCAUCCAAAUGAUUAA